GUGAUGCUGGCCAAUGCCUUUGCGAGGCGCUGGGGUGAUGAUAUCCAAGUUGUAAGCAUGCACCCCGGCUGGGUGAGGACCAAGAUGGGAGGUUCGAUGGCUCCGGGAUCAAUGGACAAGCCAGCCAAGGCACUGGCUGAAUGGGCAGUUGGACAGGGGAAGUUGGCGAAGCUGGAAAGCGGAACAUUUUUCACAAUAAGCGGGGAAGCAUCGCCUCAUCCUGGGGCUGGAAAUGUGAGUAAACAAGAGGAGCUGCUGAAAAUUUGCGAAAAGGUUUCAGGCGUAUCUGUUCCGGAGGAAUGAAUAAUAUAAAUGUAACAAGUAAAUGAUUUACACGGAGUGUAUUAUUAGACGUUUUUUGAUUGCGAGACGGCAACUAUCUUCUAACUUAUAAGCCUAAGGUAUAUCCAGAUCGAUGUUAAAUAUCACUAUAU